AUGCCGGCCAACUCCGAGAAGGAGCACCUGUCCAUCGUGAUUUGCGGCCACGUCGACAGCGGCAAGAGCACCACCACGGGCCGCCUCAUCUUCGAGCUGGGCGGACUGCCCGAACGCGAGCUGGAGAAGCUGAAGGCGGAGGCCGAGCGCCUGGGCAAGGGUUCCUUCGCGUUCGCGUUCUACAUGGACCGCCAGAAGGAGGAGCGCGAGCGCGGCGUCACCAUCGCCUGCACCACGAAGGAGUUCUACACCGAGAAGUGGCACUACACGGUCAUCGAUGCCCCGGGCCAUCGCGACUUCAUCAAGAACAUGAUCACUGGCGCUUCGCAGGCGGACGUUGCUCUCAUCAUGGUCCUGGCCGACGGCAACUUCACGACCGCCAUCGCCAAGGGCAACCACAAGGCCGGCGAGAUGCAGGGGCAGACUCGCCAGCACUCCCGCUUGAUCAACCUGCUGGGCCUCGGUGUCGGAUACAAGCAGUCCCGCUACGACGAGAUCGGCAACGAGAUGAAGAGCAUGUUGGUCAAGGUUAGGUGGAAGAAGGACUUCGUCGAGAAGGGCACGCCAGUGAUGCCCAUCUCUGGCUGGAUGGGCGACAACCUGCUGAAGAAGUCCGAGACCAUCCACUUGGACACCGUCUACGAUGUGCUCGACGUGAUGUGCCGCGUGCUGGAGAGGCCCACCAGCGCGCCAAUGCGCAUGCCGAUCUCUUGUAUCUACAAGAUCAAGGGUGUCGGCGAUGUGCUCGCUGGGCGCGUGGAGCAGGACGUGGUAAAGCCGGGUGAGGAGGUUGUGUUUCUGCCCACUCACACCGGUUCGAACCCGUGCACCGGCAAGGUGUUCACCGUGGACAUGCACCACCAGCGCGUCGAUUCCGCCAACCCGGGGGACAACGUUGGCCUCAACAUCAAGGGGCUCGACAAAAACAACAUGCCUCGCUCUGGCGACGUGAUGGUGUACAAGAAGGACACCACCCUGGGUCAGACGAAGGAGUUCGACGCGCAGAUCCAGGUGCUCGACAUCCCCAAUGAGAUCAAGGUCGGUUACUCCCCGAUCGGCUUCGUGCGCUGCGGGCGUGCGGCAUGCCGCAUCACUGGUGUCGCGUGUUGCUUGGGGCCGCGCGGGGAGGGAAAGGGGGCCUCAAACAUGCUGGCCAACAUCGGGCUGGCCUUGUACUUUUUCGUCCUGAUGACGCCCGUGCAUGGGCUGAUAGACUGGUCCUUCCUUGUGCUGUACCUCUUCGCGGUGCAAUGCUUGAUUUUGAUAUUUAUGAGGCUCGACGAGCCGCUGAGGCUAGAGGCACUCUCGGAAACAGGGCCGAACGGCAGCACGAACGGCAAUUAUCGGCUGCAGCGGAGGGCAGUCGGGGACGGAGCCAAGCGAGAAUAG